AUAAAACAUACACCUGUCAUAGGUGAAUACAGAUUUACUAUGAAAGCGAAUAACACUGCAGUGUCUAAAUAAAUGUGCAUCUUGUUACGUUUUUGACUUCGUUGCAUUUGGGAGCUCACAAACUGAGAACUGAAGCAAAAUAUUGGUAUUAUAAGGAGAUAGCAAGGUGUUUAUCAUGAUUAGAAGAGUUGCUCAGGUCGUUUUGAGUGUGGAACAGUCUGAAGGCGUCGGGGCUCGAGUUCGCCGGAGUAUUGGACGGAGAGAACUGAAGAAUCUCGACCCUUUCUUGAUGCUGGAUGAAUUCUGUAUCGCCAAACCAGCGGGUUUUCCUGAUCAUCCUCACCGUGGAUUUGAGACGGUAACAUACUUGUUGAGUGGAGUAACAGCCCACGAAGACUCCUGCGGUCACAGCGGGAGGUUAGAACCUGGGGAUCUUCAGUGGAUGACGGCAGGUCGUGGGGUAAUUCAUGCUGAGAUGCCCGUGUCGGAUGGACGCAUUCAUGGCCUUCAGCUUUGGGUGAACUUGAAAAGUGCAGAUAAAAUGGUGGAGCCUCAGUACCAGGAGCUGAAGAGCAAAGAGAUUCCCAAACCCAGCAAAGAUGGAGUCACUGUGAACGUAAUCUCAGGGGAAGCUCUUGGAGUAAAGUCGAAGAUUUACACGAGAACUCCAACCAUGUACCUCGACUUUGUGCUAAAGGAAGGUGCAAAACAUUUGCAGCCUAUUCCUAAAGGUUGGACAGCUUUCAUCUACACCCUCGCAGGUUCUUUAUGCACUGGCCCAGAUGAUGAUCUGCAGACAAUUGAGCCACACCACACAGUGGUUUUGGCAGAUGGUGAAUGCUGCAGAGUGGAAAACAAGGCAGCUGAAGAGUCUCACUUUGUGUUAAUUGCUGGUGAACCCAUUAAUGAACCUGUGGUUCAGCAUGGGCCUUUUGUCAUGAACACACAAGAAGAGAUUGAUCAAGCCAUCUCAGACUACAGAUCAGCCACUAAUGGAUUUGAGAGGGCAAAAGUUUGGCGAUCAAAGAUCGGUCAAAAGUUCUAAAUUUUUCUUGAAGAUCCCUUUCUAUGGGAAUAUAUAUGCUUUGUUUAUUUUUUUGUGCCUUUAACUUAUUCUGAAUGAAUGGCAGUUGAGAUUUUGAAGUCUAGAGUAAACUUCUAGCGGAUGACGUAGGCAUAGCAUAUGCUCUGACGAGAAGUGACGACGCGGUAUCACAGAGGAGAGAGCAAAUCAAAACACUGUUUACAAAUUAGUACAAAAUGAGGAUUUGUAAAGAAAAUUGUUGGCGGAGACUAGUUUUCCUUUGCUGUAAAUAAAACUGGGUUCUCAUGAGAUGUUGUCACUUGUCACUGGAGCUUGCGUUACAUUUAUAUGUCUUACAUUAUCUGCUGGACGCCACUUUCUUGUGAACGUUUGUACGACAGUUUGCAGAAGCUAGAGAUCACGGUUUAUAAAGUUUUAAAUAUGACAAAUGCAUCAAUUUGCUUCAGAAGGCCUUUAUUCACCCCCGGAGCCAUGUGGAGCACUUUUUAUGAUGGAUGGAUGGAUGUACUUUAUUGGACUUCAAAAUCUCAACAGCCAUUUACUAUAUUAUAAAGCUUGGAAUAGCGAGGACAUUUUUUAAUAGAUUGAAUUCGUCUGAUAGAAAAAUAUAUAUGCUAGUACAACUGUGUGAACUUGAGGGAAAUUGACUUUAUACAUCCACUAAAAAUCACCUUGGGAUCAGUUGUUAAAAGUAAUUAUAAAAACAGCUCAGAAAAGUGAAGUUAAAAAAAAAAUCUCUAACAUCAUUUGUUUGCAGAUACCGGUGUGAAAAUUUCAAAUAAUACACUGACAUUCAUAUUUUUAAGUGUGAUUUAUGAGUACAUAUAUUUUUGGGGCCACAUAUGCAAUAUGUUACUCCAAUUAUUUCUGAUAUAUUUCUGAUUGUUACAAAGUCAUGUAUUACUUGUAAUCAAUGUCUUUCUUGUAAUGUUUUUUAAUAAUGACCUUUUAUUGGAAUCUAUUCAUUGGCUCUUCACAUUGUAUCCGAUCACAACAUGAUUUCCUUCAUUCAAUAUCUGUGUCAUUUUAGAUAUACAUUUGAUCACACAAUUCAUUCACAUUUGAUUAAAGUGAUGUUGAAAAUCUACACAAACAAUCUGGUAAUAGAUUCCUUUGACCACUGAUAAUAGAUUCUUUUGAAGCUUUUAAAGAUAAAGCAUUCAGAUGAUCCGAGAGUGUGGGUGCAGAGAGCGGCACUCACAGCCCAUUACGCUGCAUUCAACCUCCCUUUAAUUCCCGACUCGUAUUACAAGCUCAUUGUUGGGUCUGCCUGAGAGUGACGCACACACACAGAUAACAAGAGAAAGGGCAUGUCGGCUUAGCUCCGCUCCUUUUUCAUCACACCACUUUGCUGCAUUUAAAUGGGAUAUUGGCUGGAUUCAGUCUCUCUUCUCCACGCACUUUCUCUCUCUCCUCCCUUUAUUCCUCGGUUCCCCCCUUCCCUCCUCCUCCUCCUCCCCCUUUUUCACUCCUUGCCCUCUGUAGAGGUCUGGAUCACAUUUAAAACCACAUGUUCUGUGUGUGAGCAACUGAGCCUGGAAGUCGGCAAGCAGGAAACGUGGUGACAGCAGAGUGGGACUGGAGCGCACAGCGACGGGACAGACAUGCACACCUCCCAGAUGGCCUUGCACGCACUGGUGGCUGGAGAAGACUGGAUGUGAGCCCUUAGUGGAUUUUGCAAUCACAUAUAGUUUGACACAUCUGGAUCUGUGGAGACACUGGGCCAAAUCUGGCCGGGCCAAGACGGAUAACAGCAUCAAGGGGUUGUCCUGAUCAGAGAGAAUCACAGAAAAAAAGGAAAAAAAAACUGCUAAGUCCUAGCCUAGCACUGAUUGAUGUCUCAUUCUCCUCCUCUUUUUUUUU